GUGGUGUGGACCAGACCUGGUUUAAUCCCAAAGUACAUCCAUGUUCACCGAGAUGGACGACCUGCAAAUCUAUUUCAAAAUCCAUCUUAUUUUCUCCGAGCGAGACUGUUUGUGGAUGAACUGCAGAAUGGAAACGUCUCCAUGAAAAUCUUCAGAGUGAAAAUCUCUGAUGCAGGAAAAUACUUUUGCUUCCUUGAAUCAAUGUUGAAGGAAGCUUCCAUCCAACUCACUGUUGGUGUCGUCUCCACUCCCAUCAUAGAGGUUGUCUCCAAUAACAGUAGAAGAGUAGUUCUACAGUGUGAGUCUAAAGGCUGGUAUCCAGAGCCUGAGGUGGUCUGGCUGGACGGUGAGGGAAACCUCCUCUCUGCUGGACCUACAGAGACAGUCAGAGGUCCUGAUGACCUCUAUACUGUCAGCAGCAGAGUGACUGUGGAGAAGAGACACAGCAAAUACUUCAUCUGUAGAGUCCAACAGAAGGACAUCAACCAGACCAGAGAGACACACAUCUAUGUUCCAGAUGUUUCAUUCACAGUUCAGUCGUCUUCUGAUCGGAUUCGGAUCAUCAUCAUUCUUCCUGUUUGCAUUAUUGUGCUGUUCAUCAUUAUCACUCUGAUAAUAUGCACAAAGAGGAACCAGAAGAAUGAAACUGAACAGGAAGAGGAAGAAGGUCAACAGCAGGAUGUAAAAACUACAGAGUUUCUGACCCAAAUAAACACUGAAGACGAGAGACAGAAGACAUUUGAAAACACAGAGAGAUGCAGCGUUCAACGACGUCGACUAAAGCGUUCCUCUAGUGAUGGAGAACUAGGAGCUCGUAGAGAAUUAGAGUUGAGGAAAUCAUUGUGACACUGGAGCAUAUUCUCCAUCUUUUCUGCUCUACCCGGGCAGGCGGCUGUCAGAGCUCAGACGUAGAGCGGGUCGUCCACUAUUCAGAAGGUUGGAGAGAGAGAGAGAGAGAGAGAGAGAAUUACUGAAGGUGACAAAUCAAUAUCUUGUCAUACAUAUUGAGUACACACAGUUUCUGUUUGCCAGUAUUUUCUUGUUGUUGUUUAUCUCCUCAUUGUAUUAAUGAACAUUAUUAUUGACUGAAUGUAUUCUGAGAGAGACAUUGCAAAUUACACUGUCAUUAUGGUGAGAUACUAUAUAAUGACAUAUACUACAUAUUAUAUAUAGAAUAUAUAUAACUAUACUACUAAUAACAACUACUGAAAUAUUUGUUUACUAUAUUUUAUUGUUGUUGUUAUUCUGAUUGAUCUCAGUAUUGCUAGUUCCAUUAGUUUAGUCGUAUACUUUGUACAUCCGUUUAUACUUGAUUAAUAAAAUACUUAAUAACCUUUA